CGGUCUUUGGCUGUCAUUCUGUUCAUAAUUUCACACUUCAAUCCCAUCCCCCAUACUCUCUCUCUACUGAUUCCAUUUUCUCUCUCUAACAACCAUCUCUCCCUUCUCUCUCUCUCUCUUCUUUCUCUCUCUACUGUGCUGUACAUAGCAAGCAAGCAGAGGAAGGAAGGAAGCAAGGAGGGACCAUCGGCCAUGGCGGCGAACAAGUUCGCGACGAUGCUGCACCGGAACACCAACAAGAUCACCCUCAUCCUCAUCUACGCCGUCCUCGAGUGGGCCCUCAUCGUCCUCCUCCUCCUCAACUCCCUCUUCUCCUACCUCAUCCUCCGCUUCGCCGACUGCUUCGGCCUCGACCGCCCCUGCCCCUGGUGCUCCCGUCUCGACCACCUCUUCGACUCCCGCCGGACGACCCCCCUCCGCGACCUCUUCUGCCACCGCCACGCCUCCGAGAUUUCCCGGCUCGGCUUCUGCUCCAGCCACCGGAGGCUCGCCGAGCUCCCCGAUUUGUGCGAGGACUGCUUGUCCUCUCUGAGUCCGGACAAAAAUGGCGGAGACCCUGUUCCCUGUGAGAAUGGCGAGCUGGAUUCUCUGAAGUGCUCUUGCUGCGGUUCGAGUGUGGAGAGGGAGCUGCUCCGCUGCACCCCGCAGGAGGAUCAUCGUCUCAGCUGUACCAAAGAGGAGGAUAUCAUCGCCGAUCAGUGCAGAUCAGAUGCUCCGGUGGGAGAUCAUCAGGACGAUAAUCAGGGAGAAGAAGAAUUCGGGGAAUUUAAGGCUGCCGAGCCCUGUGUCGUCAGGGAAUAUCCAGUUGCUGCUGAAGAAGACGAAAAAGUGGUCCUGGUCAUGGAGAAAAAGGAAGAAGAGGGAGAGGAUUACAAUGUUUUCGAGGUUGGGAAGGAUUCCUCUUCUUCUUCUUCUUCUGAUCAUCAGACCGUUCUUCUCCUCCUCCAGGAUGACAGCAGGAAAGAAGGAUCUGUGGAAGCUUCAUUGGGGCGUCAUCUCGAGUUUUUCAUCGGGGGCAAUGACUGCGAGCUGAUUCCUGUUGAGUGGACUGACUCGCCUGUUAACUCCAAGAGCUAUCCGAGACUCAGCACGAUCAUGGAGGAAGAUCAGGGUGAUUGCAGCGGCUACGAGGAUGUGAUCAUGGACUUCUGCCCAACUUCCGUGCAAGAACCUAAUCCGGGCGUCCAGAAAAACUCGAGUUCAGGAAAUGAGUUUGAGGUUUUGGAUGCAGUGGAACAGACUGAGGUUCAGGCCGAGAAAGAACAGACUGAGAUUCUUGAGAAUGUGUCGGAAGAAGUACGAGGAAGUUCCAGCGAGGAAGGAGAUGCACAACUUGCUGCUGCUCCAAAUGCUGAUACGACGGAGGAAACUUCAUUGGUAGAAGGCGAAAGAGGAACCCCUGAAGACAAUGAAGGAGUUCAGGAGGAAUGUGCCUCACAAAAUGAUGAGGUUGAGCCCGAAGUUUCUAUAGGGACGGAAAUUCCUGAUCAGGAGCAAAUCAAUGUCGAUGAGAUUCACGACGAAGAGACUCUCUCUUGGGACCUCUGCAGAGAAGGUGAUGAAGCUCCUUCCACGAGUAACGAUUUUCUGCACACUGCAGACUUUGAUAAUCAUGAUGGAGAUGUUGUUCGGAGCGAGGGGGAAACCUUGGAAUUCAGGUCCAUCUCGAUUGAAAUGAGCUCAGAAGCUUCAAAUCAUAAAUUGGAUGCGGAGCUUACUAAUGAGAAUGAAGAUGAAAGAAUCCCUGAUACACCCAACUCCAUGGACAGCCUUCAUCAGCUCCACGAAAGAUUACUUCUACUUGAGAAACGAGAAUCCGACUCGAUCGAAGAGUCAUUGGAUGGAAGCGUGAUGAGUGACAUAGAGGGUGAUGAAGGGACACUUACAGUUGAGAAGCUGAAGUCGUCUCUGAAAGCUGAUAGGAAGGCUUUGCAUGCGCUGUACACGGAACUCGAAGAGGAGAGAAGCGCCUCUGCAGUCGCAGCGAGCCAAACGAUGGCGAUGAUCAAUCGUCUCCAGGAGGAGAAGGCUGCAAUGCAGAUGGAAGCUCUGCAGUACCAGAGAAUGAUGGAGGAACAGGCCGAGUAUGACCAGGAGGCUCUGCAGUUGCUGAAUGAUCUAAUGGUAAAGAGGGAAAGAGAAAAUCAGGAGCUCGAAAAAGAGCUCGAGGUGUACCGAAGGAAGGUUGAGGAGUACGAGGCUAAGGAGAAGAAGAAGGCGAUGAUGGUGGUCCCGAGAAAUAGUAAGGAUUCUUCAGAUUCGUGCAGCAAUGAGGAGGAAAGUGAUGGGUUAUCAAUUGAUCUCAACGAGGAGAUUAAGGGAGGAGAGGAUGCUAUCAAUGGCCAUGAGAAUACUCCGAGUGAGGCGAUUUGGUACUUGGAGGACUCAUUAGUAAACUUUGAAGAGGAGAGAGCAUCGAUUCUCAAGCAACUAAAGAGUUUGGAAGAGAAGAUUUUGAGUGUAAAUGGGGAGGAAGAGGAAGAACGUCACUAUAAAGAAAACGGGAAUGGACAUGUCAAGACUUGUGAUUCGAAUGGUGAAGUUAACGGCCCCGGGAAUGGGCAUUGCAAGAUGAACGGCGAUAAGCAUUCUCACCUUCAUGCGAGGUUCACAUGCCCUAAGGCAAAGAGGCUUCUUCCCCUCUUUGACGCGAUCGGGGAUGAAACGCAUGAAGAUUGGUUGCAGAAAACUCCUGCAGAUCAUUUCGAAGUAGAGGAUGGGAAGAUUGCAGUUAUUGAAGAAGAAGUGGAUCAUAUCUAUGAGAGGCUACAAGUUCUCGAAGCUGACAGAGAAUUCCUGAAGCAUUGCAUUGCCUCGUUGAGGAAGGGCGAUAAGGGGUUGGAACUCCUCGGGGAGAUCUUGCAGCACCUUCGUGAUUUGAGAUGCGCUGAGCUCCAUGGACGGAACAUAAUGAUCGGAGACGGCAUUAUGCACUACUAGUCCAAUUCCAUGAUGAUAUUGCAGAUUGAUCAUUGGAGUCUAUCAUCGAAAACCAGCAAUUCAGCAUAUCAUGGUGAAUCAGAGUAUUGGGCUCGGUCGGGGCCGAGCAAAUGACCCGAUUCCAGAAUUCGUAACAAAUUCAAGUCCCUUCAGGGGAAAAGGGAUGUCCCCCUGAACCUCCUGGUCUGUUUGGUCAUCUUGGUCAAUGUCAUGUAGAAAAAAAUCUGCCAUUUUAGGCUCUUUUUUUAGUUUUAUCUUCCCUUUUUUUCAAAAUUUUCCUUUUCAGAUAUAUUGUCAAAAAAAAGCCUUUUUUUUUUUUGUGGGGUUGUGUCCAUCAUCAAAACUUUAAGGCUGAAAAGGGUGAAGGUGGGUGUGAUGUGCAUGUUAGGGAUAUAUAAGAGAGUUAGAGACUGAGACACCCUGUCCUCCAUCCAACAAAGAUUCCAUCGCCAGGUUGGUCAGUAGUGGUAGUUUGUUCCGGCAGAGUCACCGAGCUAAAACCCGUUCGCCCUCUCUUCACAUCGGAUAGUCGCAGUGACACGAGAAGACUGGGUUCGGGUUCGGAGUAAAUUUUCCGGGGGUAAAAAAAAGUAGUACACUCGGGCUUUUCAUUUCUGGGUAUUUGGGGGGAAGUGGGGGUAAGUAACUUCCUAUUUUCCUUUGUCUCAUCCCUUUGUAUGAUAAAUCAAAGUCCCAUGUCAUGAGGUUUUGUUUAAUUAUUCAUGAGGAGCUAUAAGUUGUCUUUCUUGUACUGUAACAUUACAAAAAGGUCUUCCAUCCCAUGAUCUGUAAGUAUUUAUAUAAAUUUGAGUCAGUGGGCGUGUAUUUAUUUUGCUCUCUGCCUUGGAAUUUAUCUCA